AAGCCAAGCCCAAUCAAAUGUAAUGACGCAUCACAUCAUCAUUAAUCCGCAUUGCAUUAAAAUAUCAACAUGCUAUAGGAAUAUAAAUAGAGGCCGCAGUGAUUUGCUGUGAAGUAGUUUUGUAUUGUAUUCAGACUUCAGAAGUAAAGUGAUCAACCUGACUUCAGUAUCGGAAUUGGUCGUUGUACACCAGGUAACUAUUGUGUUUUUUAUUUAUUUUCUAAUAUGUAUAAGUUGCCGAUUAUAUCUUGGAUAUAAGAUUAAGAUAUUGUUGUGUUGUAAAUUGUUUUUCUUGUUGUGCUAUGAACAAUGCAAACUGUAUUUGUCUAUAUCUUUUCAACAUUGACGGUUUUUCAUAGUAGAAAAAGCAUAUAGCUAUAUGUAAACUAUCCACGAUUUUUAUUAACAUGUAUAGGUAAUAUCUGUUCUCAUGAAUUAUAUUACCAACAGUUUAUGCGUCUUUCUUGUCCUCUUUUCCUAUUUCGUAACUUGCGCACAGCCGAAGGUCUUCUUGAAUUUUCGAACUAGAGUUUCAGGCCAAAAAAGGCUACUUGGCAGGACUUGAAUUAUGUGAGUACAAAGACAAUCCGGAUUCGUUAAAAACGGUUUCCAGAGUGGAACUCCUGAAAACACAACGAACGGCAGUGUAACCAGAACGAUGACGUAAAUUGAUGAUAUUUGAGACCAUUCAUGCACCCACGCUAAUAACAUACAAUUGAAAGGGCUCGCUCUUGAUAUUUUUCUCUAGAUGUUUCAACAUGUUUCUUGUUUGUAUACACUCACACCAAGGAUUAUAGACUUUGGCAAGUUUUUUGUCUUUGUUUAUGAUUAGCGACAAAAUUAGGUAUUUUCGAGGUAGUCACUCAUUAGCGGAUUGCCAGGUUUUGCUCGCGUCGCUUCACAUGCAAACUUGCUCCUAGGCUCAUUACAUUCGAUGGCGCAUGCUUUGUAAAUUAAUUUAGCGCAUAUUCGUAUCGUUUUCGCGGAUACAUCACAUGUGGACGGUCGAAAACCCAACGAAUUAGGUCUUCGACGUUCGUGUGUUUAAUCCUAUUAUCCCACUUAAUAAUUAAUUAAGUCAAAUCACUCAUUUCCAAAUUAACACUAGACUGAAGUAGGCCUACCUUAUAGAUGCAUCACAGUAACUGUGUAUGCAUAUAUAUCAUAUACAUGCAUAUAUUAGUGUGAAUGGUAGUAUAUAUUUUGAAUCUAUUGUUUUCUGACUUGAAAUGGUGCAUAACGGUUCGACGGAGGACGGACUUACGUUUCUUCUUUAUAUAAGAAUUACGUACGUAUUGAUAUUUUUAUGACUCGUGUCUCUACGUUGCAUGACCUCUGUUGUCCUUGAAAAUUUCAUGGUUAUUUUGGUAACUACAUUAUAGUUAUUCAGUUUGUCCGAUUGAAAUUUGAGUUCUAAUUCAGAUCAAAUAUUUUCAUUCAAACUAUUAAUGAGAAUUGGUAAAUUAAUUUUCAUAAUGAAAAUGCCAGCACUAAAAUUAAUCCUCCUUAUAGCUGCAAUUAUUUCCUUUCGAGCUUUCGAAAGCUUAGAUCCAAGAAUGUUAAAAACUCAUUCAACCAGUCACAAAUUACAAUAUACAGACGUGAAUGGCUCAGUUGAAACUAGUGCUAAACUGUACUGGCGAAAUAACCAAGAAGGACACAUUAAUAUUUGGUAUUUUUACUUUUCCUUGCAGCUCAACUAAGAUGAUUAUUGGAAGCAUUUUAUUCGUUAUUACCUUUGUGAGUUUGGAUUUGUCUUCAGGCCAGUCAGGUACGGUUUAUAUAAGAAGUGGUAUUAUAUAGAGGUCAGUCACGAUUUUUAGAGUGGAAGAAGAGUGGAGCAAGAGUAGAGGAAGUGUGUCGAAAGGGUGAUGUGACAUGUUUGAGGUGAUGUGAGGCGGUUAAUGAGGCGGUUACGGAAAUUAGUACUCCUGUAGUUGUAGUGUAUGACCUAGGGUUGGCCAAGAGUCUUUAUAACUUCAUGUCCAUAUAAGUGUACAAGACAUGACAACUGCAACAAAAUUUGGGCAAAUAUAUCAGAGAAUAUUUUACUACAAUUCUCCUUACAAAUUUCGUAAACUUUCAAGUGCCCCCUCCCCUUCCGCAAAGGAUCGACCCUGUGUGCACUUAUGUCCACGCCAGACGCCACAACUUUCACUUCACAGUUGGGACGGAAUAUACGAGAACUGCAUGCAGAAGUGCUUCAAUCAACUGAUUUCCAUAUUUAUGACUUUUUCCAUAUCUUUAUUUUAGACGCCAACCUUCCAUCCUUAUGUUGUAUUACUGGUGACAACAGGAACUACAGAGUGAACACAACAUUUAUAACCGCUGAUUGUAAAUCUAAAUGUGUGUGUACUCAUGAUGCAUAUCUUGCAUGUAUUCCACUUUGCCCUAAAGCAAUCCUAAAGUGUCCUGUUGGUUUCAUACAACAAAUUGUCAGCAAACCUAUCAGAAGUAAUAACCAAAUUUGUUACUGUCCAAAAUACGAGUGUGUACCAAUACAAGGGUCAGGUAUGUUGUUGUAUAAUCAUGAAUUACCAUAUCAAUUACCAUGCUGCCAUCAAUUACCCUUAAACCUAGUUCUCAUUCAUCGCAAACUGUCACCGACGAUCGGCGACGCUUAUCGCCGAUGGUCGCCGAUCGCGAUCAUCGGUGAUCGUCGCAGAUGACAGCCGAUGUGUUUCGAAAUUUCCCACCAAGGCACAAAAUGGCCCCGUUCAACGUAAAGUUCAUGAUUUCUGUCAAACUUAAUUCAGUUGAUUAUUUCCUUACUGUCUAAUCAUUUAUAUAUAUAUAUAUAUAUAUAUAUAUAUAUAUAUAUAUAUAUAUAUAUAUAUAUAUAUAUAUAUAUAUAUAUAUAUAUAUAUAUAUAUAUAUAUAUAAUUAGUUGAUUCAAUUAAUUUUUUCGUUUUUUGAAUUAGCCACCGCUUCCAGCACGAGUUGUUCUAAUGGGAGUAAGCUGUAUCAACCAGGAGAUGAGUUCGUCACAAAUUGCAAUAAAAGAUGUCGUUGUCAAAAUAAUGGUCAAGUAAAAUGUGUUUCUUUGUGUCCAAAUGACAAAUCUAGUUGUAUGGUACAUCACACUAAAAAGAAUGUGUUAGUACCAACACUGUACAACAAGUGUCAAUGUACAGCAAAGGCUUGCAAACCAAAACCAUAUAACGGUAAGUUCAUGAUGAUUGGCGAGAUGAACACUGUAUAAGUCCUAAAUUUACAGCAUGUAUACUAUUUGUAAGAUUUAGUGAAUCUUUUGCUUACUUAAUUUGUUCCGCCAUCGGUAUUUUCUUCAAUAUAAGGCUGAUUAUAACAGAGAUUAAUCAUGUCAAUAUAUCUAUAAAUCGGGUAUCGGUUAACCAUACUGGAUUUAGAGAGGUUCAGAUUUGACUUCCACUACCUCCGUCUCAUCAGCGGACACUUUAAUAAUACGCAUUUCAUUGGUUAAUGCAUGGUAAGGUAGCGGUAGUGGAUGUAAUAUAUGAACCUCUCUAUUAGAUCAUCAAUGACUUGACAACAUACUCUAUAUUAUAUUAUACAUUACAGAUACAUGCAUAGCUCUUGAAAGCUAGAAUUAUUAAACGUCAAACAGUUCAAGACCCAUACUACAUUAAUUGAGUCUCUGAAAAACGUCCUAAAAGGGUUAUUAAACGUCUAAUCUUGAUUCCUAUUUGCCCAUAGGUGCAUGUGUAUACCUUUUUGUAGGUUUAAGGUCUAUUUUUUGGCAGCUAACAUCUACUGUAUUCUGCAGACAAUAGAAAACAAUGCUCAUGCAUGACUUGCAUGUAACAUGAAAAUCACUAUAUAUACGCCUUUUCGAGGUUCACAACGCCAUCUUGGCAUGAUGCCAACUCCGAAAAGGCGUACAUUGUAGUCGUGUUUAGAGCCAUUUAAACUAACGUCUAAAUUUUACAUGUAAGUUUAUUGCUUAAAUUUGCUUUUCAUUUUGUACAGACAAAUGUGUUGUGAAUGGUCAUACGCACACGUCAGGUGAUAGUUUUGUGUCUUCUGAUUGUUCAAACAAAUGCACAUGUCACCCUGGAGGAAACAUAUUCUGUGUCCCGCUCUGCUCAUCUAAAGGAAUUACUUGUAAACUAGACGAGCAAGCAGUUCAAGUGCAAAAAAAGGUUAUCAAUACUACCUGCACAUGUCCAGCUUUGAAAUGUGUAAAGAACAGUCAAACGAUAUCUGUUGUUGGCCACGUUGUUAAUCCAAGCAUACAAGGUAUCACAUUUUAUUUAAUAACCAAUUACCAUAUAUGCAUGAUGCAUGGAGCUACAACCUGUUUCCGGUUGAUAUCGACAGGCUUGAACAAGGUAGCGCUGCACCCUCAGAACAAGUUGUAACAGUGCUGUAACAACAUUGUUGAAAGGGUCUUGAAAACUUUGUUUCGAGGGUGAAGCCAUCUCUGUUCAAGCCUGUCGAUAUCAGUCGGAAACAAGCUGUUCGUUUUGACAGUUAUUCAAACAUUGUCAGCAAAAUUUUAAAAGGACUGACUGUGUCGUUUUGAAAAUGAUAGGCAUAUGGGUGUUGUUUUGGCAGACUCUAUAGACUCUAACCGACUAACCUACCUCCCUGCCUACAUCCUUAGCAUAUGAAAUCUUCAGCUGGUAAUAGCCCUGCGAUUUAUAAUCAAAUUCAAGAAGAAAUCAUAUGAGCAAUGUUUAUAAUAUAUAGAAUAAAUCUUAUAGUUUGAAUGGUUUACAUUUUUUUAUUUUUCUAGUAUCAACAAAACAACCAGUUCUUCCCAAGCACUCAUGUACAACACCAAGUGGAAAGAUUUUUAAUAUUGGCGCGGUUUUCUCUGACAACAACUGUACUUCUCAAUGCUUUUGUCAAAAUGGCGGCGUAAUUUCAUGUCAUGCUUUGUGUUCACCUAGUGUGCCUGAUAGUUCGUGCACGAAUCACAAAACCGUACAAAUGCCAACUGGUUUACCUGAUGCCCAAGGGAAAAGCUGUUCUUGUCCCGUUGUCACGUGCAUUUGAAGUUAACCGUUUAUCUUAAAACGUCAGUUGCUUAAAUUUUUAGACUGUAGUUAUAAAUGAACACGUUAGUUUAACUUUAGCAGUUAGCCAUAGCCGUUCAUUUUUUCUCAGAAGGAGUUGUCUGGUAGUUUUCAUGUCAACCAUAAAAAAAUUCACCUAAGAAUGGAUGUAGUGAACGUACUAUUUACAUGGUUAUUAUGCAACGUAGUAAACGUACUACUUACUACAACGUAGUGAACGUACUACUUACAUGGUUAUAAUGCAACGUAGUGAACGUACUACUUACAUGGUUAUAUAUAAUGCAACGUACAGUGAACGUACUACUUACAUGGUUAUUAUGCAACGUACAGUGAACGUACUACUUACAUGGUUAUAAUGCAACGUAGUGAACGUACUACUUACAUGGUUAUAAUGCAACGUAGUGAACGUACUACUUACAUGGUUAUAUAUAAUGCAACGUACAGUGAACGUACUACUUACAUGGUUAUUAUGCAACGUACAGUGAACGUACUACUUACAUGGUUAUAAUGCAACGUAGUGAACGUACUACUUACAUGGUUAUAAUGCAACGUAGUGAACGUACUACUUACAUGGUUAUAUAUAAUGCAACGUACAGUGAACGUACUACUUACAUGGUUAUUAUGCAACGUACAGUGAACGUACUACUUACAUGGUUAUAAUGCAACGUAGUGAACGUACUACUUACAUGGUUAUAAUGCAACGUAGUGAACGUACUACUUACAUGGUUAUAUAUAAUGCAACGUACAGUGAACGUACUACUUACAUGGUUAUUAUGCAACGUACAGUGAACGUACUACUUACAUGGUUAUAAUGCAACGUAGUGAACGUACUACUUACAUGGUUAUAAUGCAACGUAGUGAACGUACUACUUACAUGGUUAUAUAUAAUGCAACGUACAGUGAA